CUUUUAAAUCCGUGAACCGUGAAUGAUAUGAUGAAAAUUGCUGUAGCUAUUUGUGAAAUACUCUUGCUCGGCCUGAGUGUUACAGCUGCUGGACCUGAAGUGGGGAUAAAUGACGAGCCUUCAUUGUUGAAGUUUGACUACGGGAAUAGCUCUUAUAUUUUAUAUCACACAGCGGUUAACUGGUACACUGCUAGAAAUAAAUGCAGGCAGCAAGGACUGGAUUUAGUGAGCAUUGAAACCGAAGGCGAAAAUACAGCUAUCUUAAAUGCAAUCAGUUCUUUCAAAAUUGAGUCAUUUUGGACUGCCGGAUCAGACAAAUGGCAAGAAGAUUCAUGGUACUGGGAUUCAACUGGAUUGGACUUCGGGCCAACACAAAACUGGACUCCAGGUCAACCUGAUCAUUCUGGGAACUGCCUCUUACUGUGGGCGAACGUAAUUGGUCACCUCUGGGAUGACGCUGACUGUUUGCAUCUGAAUCGGUACAUUUGUGAGUCACAGACGUACAUUUGCUCUGAAACAAGUCCAUGAAGUUUCCUGAUAUAGCAAAUGUACUUUCACUUUACUGUGAAACUCCCGGAAAUAUAAAGAGCAAAAAAUAAA